AUGGGUGGCAAGAAAGCAGCUGGAGAGAACUCCAAGAAGGCCGCUGGCAACGCUCGCAAAGCCGACGCCGCAUCUCAGAAGAAGGCCGCUGAGGACCAGAAGAAGGCUGCAGAGGAUGAAAAGCAAUGGUCCAAGGGAUCCAAGAGCAAUGCUAAGAAGGAGGACGCCGAAGCCAAAAAAGCCGAAGCCGCUCGCAAGAAGGCCGAGCGUGAUGCUUUGAUAGCCGAGGAAGAAGCUGCUGCCCCCUCCAAGCCUAAGGGUGCCGGAGCCAAGACCGCACAGAAGAAGAACCGUGGUCUCGAUUUGUCACAGCUGGAUGAUGCGCCCUCUAAGAAGGGAACCUCCCUCAACGCUUCCGGUAUUGACAAUGCGCUGGAUGCUUUGUCCCUGACGAGCAAGGAGUCUACCAAGGUUGAGCGACACCCCGAGCGACGAUUCAAGGCCGCCUACGCUGCAUUCGAAGCCCGUCGACUGCCCGAGAUUGAGGAGGAGAACCCUGGCCUGCGACGACAGCAGCGCAUGGACCUCUGCCGCAAGGAAUUCGAGAAGAGCGAAGAGAACCCCUUCAACCAGGUUCACGUUGCUGUUAACGCUUCCAAGGAGGAGAUCGCUGCUGUUCGGGAACAGGAGCGCGGCAAGACCGAGCGCAGAUUGGGUUAA